AUGGACCCUUUACAAAAGGGGACUGAGUAUGAAGAAUGUGCUGAGGAAGAAGAAGAGGUGGACCCUAGAAUACAGGGAGAGCUGGAGAAGUUAAACCAGUCCACAGAUGACAUCAAUCGCUGGGAGAGUGAACUGGAGGAAUUCCGCCAGCGGUUUCGCGCCGUGCUCGUGGAAGCCACCAUGAAGUUGGACGAACAGGUGAAGAAAAUCGGUCGGGCCGUGGAUGACUCCAAGCCUUACUGGGAGGCCCGCAAAGUGGCCAGACAGGCUCAGGUUGAAGCCCAGAAGGCCACCCAGGAGUUCCAGCGGGCAGUGGAGAUCCUGCGGGCUGCCAAGGAGACCAUCGCCCUGGCUGAGGAGAGGCUGCUCGAGGAAGACAGUCGCCAAUUCGACUCGGCCUGGCAGGAAAUGCUUAACCAUGCCACACAGAGGGUCAUGGAGGCCGAGCAGACUCGAAUGCGCAGCGAGGCCGAGCACAAGAAGACGUCGGCCAACUACACAUCGUGUAUCAGCCACAUGAAGCAACUGGAGAAGAAGCUUAAACGCUCCAUCAACAAAUCCAAGCCAUAUUUUGAGCUGAAAGCAAAGUACUACAUCCAGCUUGAGCAAUUGAAGCGGCACGUGGACGAACGCCAAGCGAAGCUGGUGGGGGCGAAGGCCGAGUACCGUGCGGCAUUGCGUCGCCUGGAGAGCAUCUCGGAGGAGAUCCACGCACAGCGCCGCUCCAUCGGGACCCGAGGGCGUGGUGUCGGGGCAGAACUUGACGGAGAGGAAGAUGUCGCGAGCUUUUCAAUGGAUUGCGACGGCCUGUCAAUGGUGUCAGUGUCUAUCGACGACGACUCUGAGGAAGACACUCAAUCCGCUCCUUCCACUCCAUCCACAUCUGCCACCGUCGACACGCCCUCACUGUCAUCUCCGACCUCCUCGCUCCAUGCACCUCCCUCCCCGUCCAGCUCUUCGUCUUCCUCCUGUACCGGUGACCUUGAGGUAGUCAGCCCAUGCAGUUCUCACGGCUCGAACUCUGCGUGCGGUUCCGGGCACGGCUCUCCUCUGCUAGGCCCUCGGAGCCAGUGCAGUGGAGCUUCCUCGCCAGACUGUGAGCAGGAGAGAGGCAACCGAGCAGAAGGCGCUGAGACCACAUUGGAAAGCAGCUUGAAUGGCCUUAACUUGAGCAUUGCACGGGCGCAACAAGAAAACAAUGAUGUUGAAGAAGAAAAAGAGACAGAAUGCAUGAGCAAAGGACUGUCUUCAGCGUCUGAAAUUCUCCUUCUCAAUAAUGUCUAA